GCGCCGGAAGAGGAGUGUUUUUCCGCCGAGAUCCCGGAAGUGGCUGUGUUGUGGUCGCCGGCCUGAGAAUGGCUCGCCGGUUCUGCGUGGAGCUGUGAGGGGCCAUGUCGUGAGGGAGGGGAGGGAGGGAGCGGCGGGAGAGAGGGCUUCCCACUCCUUUAUGGGCCACUUUCUCUCGCGGAAGGAGGGAACGGGAGCCGCGCCGGGACGCAGCGCGGAGCAGAGCCGCCUCCGCCGCCGCUUUCGCCUCCGCCGCCGGGUCCUGAGCGGCGGGAGCCGGGGCUGCUUCCUCCGCGGGCCUUGCAUGCUGUGCUUCUUGGUCCACGGCGCCCCCGAGGAGCCCCCGCAGGCCAGGCGGCCCUCCCCGCGCCUCUUGGCGGCGCUGAAGGAAGAGCGCGGCCUCCGCUGCCCACGCCUCCGCCGGCACCUGCUGCUCUCCGGACUCCUCCUCCCGCCGCCGCCGCCGCCGCCCCCUCCCGGGCGUCGAGGCGCCCCCGGCCCUGCCCUGGAGAGCGGCCAGGCCCCGCCGGAGAUGGUCUGCAAGCGCAAAGGCGUCGGACUGCCCGCCUGCCCGCCCCGCAAGCAGCCCCGCUGCGCCGCCAUCGCCGCCGGCCCUGACAGCGCCGCCCCGCCGCUUCCGCCACCCGCGCACCUCGCCUGCCCGCUGCCCUCCGCCUCCGAGCCCAGGGAGCCCGCCGCCAGCGAGAACGGGGCCGGGAGGGCGCUGCCCGCCGAAGGGGCCCGGCCACAAGCACCCCGAGUCGGCGGCGAGGAGGAGGAGGAGGAGGGCGAGGAGAAGAACAAGAAGGGCGAGCGGCGCCAGCAGGAGCCCCGCCGAGAGCCCCCCGACUGCGAGGAGCCCCCCGAAAACCCCGGCGACUACUGCUCUCGCGGGGAGCCCCCCGGCCCCACCCCGGACAUCAACCAGCUGCCGCCCUCCAUCCUCCUCAAGAUAUUUUCCAACUUAUCUUUGAAUGAACGAUGUCUUUCAGCAUCAUUGGUUUGUAAAUAUUGGCGUGAUCUUUGUUUAGAUUUCCAGUUUUGGAAGCAAUUGGAUCUUAGUAGUCGUCAGCAGGUCACUGAUGAGUUACUUGAAAGAAUUGCAUCACGGAGUCAGAAUAUAACUGAAAUCAAUAUUUCAGAUUGCCGUAAUGUAUCAGAUACUGGAGUAUGUGUGCUAGCAUCUAAAUGCCCUGGACUGCUAAGGUAUACGGCCUAUAGAUGUAAACAGCUUUCUGAUACAUCUAUAAUUGCAGUGGCCUCACAGUGUCCUCAACUACAGAAAGUACAUGUGGGUAACCAAGAUCGGCUUACAGAUGAAGGACUCAAGCAGCUGGGCUCAGAGUGUCGGGAACUGAAAGAUAUUCAUUUUGGACAAUGUUACAAGAUCUCAGAUGAAGGAAUGAUCAUUAUAGCUAAAGGCUGCCUGAAGUUACAGAGAAUAUACAUGCAGGAAAACAAAUUAGUGACAGAUCAAUCUGUUAAGGCAUUUGCUGAACACUGUCCUGAGUUGCAGUAUGUUGGGUUUAUGGGAUGUUCUGUUACAUCUAAAGGAGUCAUACACCUUACCAAUCUAAGAAACCUUUCCAGCUUGGAUCUACGUCACAUCACAGAACUGGAUAAUGAAACAGUGAUGGAAAUAGUAAAGAGAUGCAAAAACCUUACUUCCCUCAAUCUGUGUCUGAACUGGAUUAUAAAUGACAGAUGCGUGGAAGUCAUUGCUAAAGAAGGACAGAACUUGAAAGAACUUUAUUUGGUGUCAUGUAAAAUUACAGACUAUGCACUGAUAGCUAUCGGGCGAUAUAGUAUGACAAUAGAGACUGUGGAUGUGGGAUGGUGCAAAGAAAUCACUGAUCAGGGAGCCACCCAAAUUGCUCAGAGCAGUAAGUCACUCAGAUACUUGGGACUGAUGAGGUGUGAUAAGGUGAAUGAAGUGACCGUGGAACAGCUGGUGCAGCAACACCCACACAUCACCUUCAGCACCGUCCUACAAGACUGCAAGAGGACCUUGGAAAGAGCAUACCAGAUGGGCUGGACACCCAAUAUGUCCACUGCCUCUUAGCUCAUGAUCCAGUACUAAAUAGACAGCAGAGUUAGACUGAACAUUUGAAAAUUGUUUUUUAUUAUUAAUGUUUUGCUUUUUAUGAAAGAUAUGUUCCAUUUUAGUAUAAAUCUUUUAAUUUUGAAUAUGAAUAUAUAUGUGGGAAAUGUCUGUUCAGUCUGUUAAUGGAAACAUUGGAAGAAAAGAAAACCUGGUCAGAUAUUUUAUUUUUCUGAAUGUUUAUUUGUGAACAUAAAGACUUUGCAAAGAGCUUGUUGCUACUCUUCUUGAUGCAAUAUACUUUUCAGUUUACAUAAAGCAGAUACAUCAUUUGGAUGUUUUGUCCAAGUUAUAUGUUCAUUAUGGAAACAAUUAUUUAGAGAUGGAUUGUAUGUUUUUAUGUACAUAAAUGCAAUGUUUAAAAGCCUUUGGCCAAUUUCUUAAAGUUGGUUCCUUUUAGUUCUGUGUAAUUUAAUAUAUUAUGCCUUUCCCUUUCAUAUUAUAUCUUUAUUUCAGGUGUUCAUAUCUCUUUUUAGAUUAUAAGUGACAAUUUCUUUCCUCAAGACCACUUAAAUUAAAUGCAAAUCUUAAAGCAAAUUGUCUACAUUUAUGCUAUCCACACAUGUGUGUUUUUGAGAUGCAGAGCAAAGAAUCCACAAGUAAAAUGUAGAAAAAUAGAACAUUUCAAUUACAUGUCCUCUGUUUUAAUGGGACCUUUGAUAAAUGCUGGGCAUGUAUGUUGUGGGUAUAUUUACAUAGAUGGUACUGCUGCUUUCUGUUAGUGCUGCCAUUUUUGCCCUUUAGCUUGUUAAUCUGUUGUAAAUCUACUGUCCUUUUGAAACAAACAACUGUAGUAGAUAUUCCUUACUGUCUGUCCUUCACAAAGUUUCUACAUGCUUGUAUCUUCCAGUUCAACAGUAUAUGAAAUGUAAUUUCCUUAUAAUUUUCAACACAUUUUACAAUAGAAAUUAGUGAAAGACCAAUUGUAUAAAAAGGAAAAUGGAUGACCCAGAGGCAACAGGAAAGUAUGAUUUCCCAAUAUAUGAAAGAGCUGCAGUAACUUUCAGAUGUGUGCAUUCCCCACAAUGUUUCUGAUAUACACCACAGCAGGAGACUGAAAGCAUCUGAUUCCACUUUUGAACAAAAUACAGGUCCCUGUUACACCUGAACUGUAACUGAUCUGUGACUAGUUAGAUUAAAUUAUGGCUAGUGCAAGCAAUCUGUCUUGAAUGUUGUUUUGGAGAGAAAAGCAGGAUAUAAUUGAAACAGUGGUUUCUGUUCCUAUCUUGUUUAGGAAAAAUAUUUUAGUUAAACUACAGAUCCCUAUAACUGAAUGUAAGAGAAGUGGUGGACUUUUCUGUCCCCUUUUCCUUUGCACUCAGAACAUUGUAUCACUGAGGUUUGUUGAGAUGGCCAGAAUCUUUUGGAAUCUGCUUGCCCUGUCCUGUAAUUUAUAAUCUAACUCAGACAUGGGCAAACUUCAACUCUCCAGGUAACUUAUAAUCUAACUCAGACAUGAGCAAACUUCAACUCUCCAAAACACCUGAAGGGCUGAAGUUUGCCCAUUCCUGGUUUAGCUGCACAUGCAUUCAUUCUUCAGGGGUGGGGCAUUGUUUGCCAAAUCUCCAUAAGCUAUAGAUCAAAGCUGAGGUGACCCACAGUUUGAGAACUGUGGACACUCUUCCUAAUACAAGGAGAUCUUCCCAACCUUACGACAACUUGUCCCUAUUAUAGACCACAUCACAUUUCUCCCUCACCCAUCCCUUUGGAAUGCAUUCAAGCUGCAAAGUGGAAGUACCUUCAUGUAAAAACUAUUUAUUAAAACAAGUUAGGGUGGUUACGUACAUUUAUAUUCACCCAUGUAGUCAAGUAUUUAGAUUCACAGCUGUUCUGAAAGUUUAGAGUGACUGAUAUAUACAUGCACAGAGAGAGACAUAGCCAACCUCACAUGAUGGUUUCCAUAACUGAAAAUGCUGAUGGUUAAUCAUAAAUACACUGAGGUGUAUGUCCUACUUUUCUUUGUACAAUUAUAUACCUCCUUUCAAGUUCACAUGGAGAAAUGUGCCCAUUUCAACCACCCCUUUUAUUGAAAUCCUUAACACAGUUUCCUGAGAAUAAGUUUCACUAAGUCACACAUAUUGCUAAAUAGUUAUGUAUAGAAGUGUAUCCUUGUUCUGCCAUCAUUACUGACUAGUUAAGGGUUUGAUCAUUCAGCAGUUAAAGAGCCACUACUGAGAUGGACUCAGUUCAGAAUGAAAUGAAUUUCUUGUUGAUUAUCUUGUUUGAUUUUUCUGUUAUUUUACAUCAGAGGUACACCCUUCCAGACAUUGUUAGCCCUCACCUCCCUGCAGGCCUUGCCAGCACACCAAGGAUAAGGGGUGUUGAAAGUGCAAUAACACAAUUCCCACCCCUGUUAUAUCAAACAUUAUUUCUUAGUUGGGGAAAAUCUUCCCAUUCUUUGGAAUUAUACUGCAUACAUUUGUUAUUUGCAUCCCACCUCACAGAGUCUACAUGAAUUUGCUAUUAAGUCAAUCAUCUGGAAUCCCAAGCAGGUUUUUAGAUCUAAUAUAAUGUAGAAAAUAGUCAGAAUAUAGCAAUGGAAAGUUUAAUUUUGUGUUUGUUGGCAGUAAUGUGAAGAGUUAAAUUUCAGGAGAGUUGACAAGCUGGCACUGAAAAAAGACAGGGCAGUAAGUAACCUUUACAAUGCAACAGUUUUAUAAAGGAUAUUUUGUUUUGUUUUUUAGAUGUAACAUGGUGUAUUUGUUUUUUAAAGGUUAAAGUGUUUUAAUCCAAAAUAUCAAAUGUUCAGCCUUGACCUGAAGACUUGCCAUUAUUGUCAAAAUGUUUAGCUAAUCUAGAAGACUUUAGGCAGCAUAACUUGGAAAACAGCAUUGGUAUGUUUGUGUAAACCAUAUAUCCAGUCUCCAAGCCUCCAUUCCUGACAAUGACAGAAAGGGCUUCUUGUGUCAUUUUUAUCACAAUUCCUUGAAUGUUUUCUUAUUAGAUAUUUCAAAUUGAGACUAAAAGCCGUUGCACAAGAAAACAAAAUCUGUACAGUGGAUUUUGCCUGGCAUGUCAGAAAUACACAUGAAUAUAUAAAAUGCAGGGCUUUUUAUCCAUGUGAAUAUUUGGCAGUAUUUUCACAAAUAAAGACAAUGACUGGAAAAGAAAA